CCCCCCUCCGCGCUCCGCAGUGCCUUGCGCGAGCGCCGGCGCACACUCUCUGGGCUUGCUGACGGGCAGGGCGGCGCUGACGUCAUCCACGCCCCCCCCCACCCCAAGCAGAGGGGCGGUGGCCCAGCCGGCUACUCUAGGCGCAUUGACGGACAGACGGACAGAGGGACAGAGAGACAGGGGGACCGGCGGGCGCACGUCCAGGUCAUGCCCGGGGAGGCUGCGCGCGCUGAGCUGCCGCUGCAGGAGGCAGGUGGGCCUGGGCCCCACACAGAUCUCUCAUAUGAUGCAGCUGCUGCCACCAUCCUGAAAGGGGACCAGCGGGAGUCCCAAGCCCUAGCCCCAGGGCCCAGCCCCCUGACCCUGACAUUCCUGCCCAGCAAGCCAGGUGCCCGGCCCCAGCCCGAGGGGGCCAGCUGGGAUGCAGGGCCUGGCGGGGCUGCUGCAUCCUGGGCAGACCCAGCAGAGGGUAGCCCAAGCCCAGUGCUCCUUUCUGAGGGCCUGCCCCUUCAGCCUUUGCCUGCUGAGGCCCCUCUCCCUGCUACCCUGGAGCCCCGGAUCGUGAUGGGUGAGGAAACAUGUCAGGCCAUCCCCUCACCUAGGGCAGCCUGGCCAGUGCUCAGGGAUGGGGAGGGUGGGCACAUCGACCUGUACCCACCUCCCCAGCUGUGUUCUCAGGGUGAGCCUCCUGUGCCUUCCCCUCCCCAAGACUUAGAUUCCUACUUCACACCCCCCUCUACCCCCACUGAGACCACCUAUGCCCUGUUCCCUGACCAUGAGCCCCACAGGGAUGCCUGGGACCUAGAGGCCGAGCUGCUGGAUGAGUUACUGGACUCGGCACCUGCCUCACCCUCAGGCUCCUAUAUCACAGCAGAUGGGGACAGCUGGGCCUCAUCACCAUCCUGUUCCCUCAGCCUACUGGCCCCAGCUGAAGGGCUGGACUUUCCCUCAGACUGGGGCCUGUCCCCAGCAGGGUCUGUGACAGAUGAUCAAGAGCCUCACCAAACAGCACCUCCAGAGCUCUCAUCUUCUGAGUCUAGCCUCUCAGCAGACAGCACCUCUUCCUGGAGCCAGGAGGGCCACUUCUUUGACAUGAACUUCCUGGCCAAUGACCCCAUGAUCCCUGCUGCCCUCCUACCCUUCCGGGGUAGCCUCAUCUUCCAGGUGGAGGCUGUGGAGGUGACACCAUUGUCCCAAGAGGAGGAAAAGGAAGAAGAGGAGGAUGUGGCAGCUGAAGCUUCAACCCCGGCUGGAGAUCUGGGUGGAGAGGGUGACGACAGCACUUCUGCCUCCUUCCUGCAGUCACUGUCUGAUCUAUCCAUCAUCGAGGGCAUGGAUGAGGCCUUCGCCUUCCGGGAUGAUACCUCAGCAGCCUCUUCGGACUCAGACUCAGCCUCUUAUGCGGGAGCAGAUGACGACAGGCUAUAUAGUGGGGAGCCCCACGCCCAGUCCAGUGCCCUGAUACAGGAUAGUGCCCAGAAGACAGAGCAGGAACACAGAGAUGGGGCUGUAUUCUGGGGGACAGUGGUCACACCUUGGGUUUCAGAGCAAGAAACCUAUCUUACCAAUAGUCAGGAAUCAGUUGCAGACAUGAGCAAAGAGGCCCUCACUGCAGGUAUAGAAGCUGAGGCUACUGUGACCCCUCCUAAUCUGCAGGCAGCCCCAGACUCCCAAGUAGAGGAAGUUACCAGAGUAACCCCUUGGAUCGGAGUUAAAAAAGUUGACACAACUGUUAGAAAAGCCUUCAGGGCACUGCCUCAGCCCUCUCAGAAGGGGAUAAGCACUACCUUAGGCUGUGAGUCUGCCUCUGCAGAGUCACUUCUAGAUCCCCAGGAAGAAAUAAGCCCCACCUUGUGCCCAGUCCAUCCUAAGAAUUUGAAGAAAGGAUACUGGGGUCUUCCCUCAGCUCUGGAUCCUGUGGCUGUGACUUCCAUAGGUUCCCAGCAGGCUGAGGGGGGAGUUACAGUAUCCCAGGACUCCCCUGUUGCAUCACCUCCAUUGCAAGGUGCAGAUCCCACCUCAGAUCCAGAGUCUGUGACUGUAGCAACACUAGGGCACCAGCAGGCUGAGGGGGAUGUCACAGUAUCCCAGGACUUCCCUAUGGCAUCAUCUCCACCCUUGCAAAGCUCACAUCCCACCUCAGACCCAGAGCCUGGAGCUGUGGCCACACUGGGGUUCCAGCUGAUUGAGGAGGAUGUCACAGUACCCCAGGACACCCAUAUGGUAUCGCCACUUCAGAAAGGUUCAGAUCCCACCUCAGACCCAGAACCUGGGAUUGAGGCCACACUAGAGUCCCAGGAGGCUAAGGGGUGUAUCAUAUUAGCCCAGGACACCCCUAUGCUGUCACUUCUAUCCUUGCAAGGCUCAGAUCCCACCUCAGACCAGGAACUUGGGGCUGCAGCCACACUGCAGUCCCAGCAGGCUGAGGAGGAUAUCACAGUACCCCAGGAUUCUCCUAUGGUGUCACCUCCACCUCAGAAAGGUUCAGAUUCCACCUCAGACCCAGAACCUGGGAUUGAAGCCACACGGGAGUCCCCGGAGGCUAACAUAGUACCCCAGGACACUCCUAUGGUGUCACUUCUACCCUUGCAAGGUUCAGAUCCCACCUCAGAACAGGAACUAAGGGCUGUGGCUACACUGAAGUACCAGAAGGCUGAGGGGGAUGUCACAGCGCCCCAGAAUGUUCCUAUGGCAUUACCUCCAUCUCUGCAAGAUACAGAUUCCACCUCAGACACAGAGCUGAUAGCUAAAAAUGUCCCUCAGGCCCUGCAAGUGAAAACAGGCUGUACCCCAGGGACUAAGCCUUGGGACUGUAUGGCCCAGCAGGAAUUAGGUGUGGCCUCAGAACCAAGGCCAGUGCCUGAGGUGCAGGAUGCAGUCCCCCAUGGAGACUCAGAGCAACCAGCCUCAAACCAGGCUCAACAGGAUGGCACAGAACGGGCUAUAGAGGCUCCAAAAGAGGGAGGUCUCACCUUGGGCAUGGAGACCCCUGAGCCUGCAUCUGGCAUGGAGGAGGAAGUAGCUGAGGGGCUAUCUGCAUCCAAGAAGGAAGCAAGUCUUGAAGCCCAUAAUGGGGUUAAGACCCAUUCACCUCAGAAGAAGGCCUUGGGGACCAAGAACCAGCGGGGUGGAGGCCCCAAGUCACCAAGGCAAGGAAGCAGACCCAGGUCAGCACCCCGAGGUGCAGGGGAGGCUCUCAAAGCAAAUUCUGCUGCUUGUCCUGAGGUCAGCCAGACACAGUCCCUGAGCUCAGCUGGAGAGGGAAGGGGCUUAAGCAGCAAGGGCACAUUGGGCCCCAGGCUUCCCAUAGCUGUGGCUGCAGAAGCCAGGCUAGGUUCCUGCCCAGGGUCCCCAGCAAGGGCCGCACACAGGCUGGGCAGGGUCUGCUCUGAAGAGGCUGCCCAGUCUGUACCACCUUCCCAGCAGCUGGAGCCUAUACUGGGCCUGGAUAGUGAACAACCCCAGGUGACCCCUGGUGUCCUUAACCCUUCCAUGCUACAGUCCCCAGGAAACCCUGCCACUGACUUGACUACUACACCUAUACCCCAGAGCAGGCUCCUGAACCCUGACCCUUCUGCUCCCAGUAUCCUUGCCAGGCAAGCCCAAUCACUCCCGGGACCUGCAGCCCCUUGUCUGUGCCCCAUCCCCGGGAAAGCCUCUGUGGAAGAUGAGGAGCCCUCAGCCUCCUGUGGUCUCCUGCCGCCUCAGGCAGAAGCCCAGGGGGUUGCCACCACCACCAUUGCCACCUCAGGAUCCACAAAGCCUCUGGGAGCCCGGCGGCGGGUCAGCCUUUCAACUCACUCCAGUCUCAACCCUAAGGUGACCCCCACAGAUGCCAAAGACCUGGCUUGCUUGAUCUCAAGCCCCUGCCAAGUGCCUCCUCCCUCUGGGACCCAGAACCCACCUGGCCCUCAAGGGCUUCUGGCCCCCGAACAGCAAGAGGACGAGGACAGCCUGGAAGAAGACUCGCAACAGGCCCCAGGCUCUGAUCAGCAUUCGGAAAGCCAUGGAGAGUCGUCCGCCGAACUGGAUGAACAGGAUAUCUCAGCACCCCAGACAGUGCAGUGCUCAGCACAGGGUCCAGCAGGUAGUAAUGAGGAGACCAUUGCCAAAGCCAAGCAGAGUCGCAGUGAGAAGAAGGCUCGAAAGGCAAUGUCGAAGCUGGGCUUAAGGCAGAUUCAGGGAGUCACUAGGAUCACCAUCCAGAAGUCCAAGAACAUCUUGUUUGUCAUCGCCAAGCCAGAUGUCUUCAAGAGCCCUGCCUCAGACACCUAUGUGGUCUUUGGUGAGGCCAAGAUUGAGGACCUGUCCCAGCAAGUACACAAAGCUGCGGCAGAGAAGUUCAAGGUGCCCUCGGAGUCCUCAGCCCUGGUCCCUGAGUUGGCCCUGGGGUCCCGCGUGAGGCCAGAGUGUGAAGAGCAGGAGGAGGAGGAAGAGGAAGAGGAGGUAGAAGAGGCUGGGCUGGAGCUACGCGACAUUGAGCUGGUGAUGGCACAGGCCAAUGUGUCCAGGGCCAAGGCUGUGAGAGCCUUAAGGGACAACCACAGUGACAUCGUCAAUGCCAUCAUGGAACUGACAAUGUAGCUGCUGACUGGAAGCUGGGGCCAUUCUGCCCUUUCCCCCAGCUCUGCUGCCCAAUAAACCGGCAUCCCAUCAUCA